AGGGCCAAAAGUUACAUAGUGUACCUUUAAAGAAAAAUAAAUACACUUUACUUAUAUUGAAGGUUAUUUAUUUUUGACAGAUGCUGUUUUUUUUAUUUUUUUAUUCCAGGUCCGGUUUGCAGUUUAGAAACUGAAGGACUGUACGUCCAUUUAAUUAGGAACACCUGAACACCUGUACACCUGUUCAUGCAUCCUGCUGCUACAUGAUUGGCUGAUUGGAUACUCGUGCAGGUGUACAGGUGUUCCUAAUAAAGUGGGGCGUAACUGUAUAUGGUAAUAUUGGAUUUUUAAAAUGGAAGCAGAGAACUUUUGUUGUACCAUGUGACCAGAGUUCAGUCUGCAGAUCUUGCUGUAACACAUGAUUAGAGCCAGCAGGAGGCGCAGUGUUAUUAUUAUUAUUAUUAUUAUUAUUAUUAUUAUUAUUAUUAUUAUUAUUAUUAUCCAUCCAUUUUCCAUUCCUCUUAUCCUACACAGGGUCUAUCCCAGGGAACUCGGGCACAAGGCGGGGGACACCCCCGCACAAUCGCACACACAUUCAUACACUACGGACACUUUGGACAGGCCAAUCAGCCUACCAUGCAUGUCUUUGGACUGGGGGAGGACACCGGAGUACCCGAAGGAACCCCCCGAAGCACGAGGAGAACAUGCAAACUCUGCACACACAGGGCUGUGGCGGAAAUCGAACCCUCAACCCUGGAGGUGUGAGGCGAACAUGCUAACCACUAAGCCACCGUGUACCCUCCUUUGUAUUAAUCUUAUUCUUCUUAUUCUUAUUAUAUAUGUUGGUAUAAUUACAUCAUAUAUAGAUAUAUAGACUCUCAGGAAAAAAGGUACUAAACGGUAUGGAUGGUGUGGUACCCUUACCUAUUGUACCUUUAAUAUAUGGAAAUGUUUACAUACUGCACCUUUAAAAUGACUUGAAGUGAUAAAGCUUUACACUGUACACUCCUGUAACCUUUCUAGGUUAAAAAUAACAAGUACCAAAGGUUUAGUACCUUUUUUGUAUUACUUAUUAUUUUCUACAGCACUAAACGUUUUGUCAGGGUUAUGUUCAGUCGCGCUUAAGGUCAACUUCCGCUUUUAGGCACGGGUCUCGUGCGGGAGGUUUGGUCACGGUGCGUUAAGGGUUCACUCAUCUGUAGUUUGGAAUGCGGAAGUACCGGGAUUUUUAAAUCUCACGCGCAGCUUUGUGGGUUCAGGCGGAGCACUCGUGCGCUCAUAGAGAGAGAGAGAGAGAGAGAGAGAGAGAGAGAGAGAUGAGACCGGAGCUCUGCACGUGAAUCCACUCGCCGUGCGGGGAGCAGCGCGUGAACAUGCUGUGGAAGCUCGUGGAAAAUGUCAAGUAUGAAGACAUUUAUGAGGACCGCCAUGACGGCGUACCGGGCCACAGCUCGAGACUCUCCCAGCUCGGCUCGGUGUCUCAGGCUCCGUACUCCAGCGCGCCGCCGCUCUCGCACGCGCCCUCCUCGGACUUCCAGCCGCCGUACUUCCCGCCGCCGUACCAACCGCUGCCGUACCCGCAGAGCCAGGACCCGUAUUCGCACGUGAACGACCCGUACGCGCUGAACGCGCUGCACCAGCAGCACCAGCAGCACCCGUGGGGCUCGCGCCAGCGGCAGGACGUCGGCGGUGAGAGCGCGUCCCUUCUGCCGCAGCCGAGGGCGUCUCUUCCGCCGCAGCUCUCCGGGCUCGACCCGCGCACCCGGGAUUACUCCUCUUCCGUGCGCCGACCGGACGUGCUGCUGCACUCUGCGCCGCACGGGCUCGAGCCCGGGAUGGGGGAUAGUCUGUCUCUGCACGGUCUCGCGCACGGCAUGGACGACACGCACGCUGUAGAAGACGCCAAUCACAGUGGUAUGAACAUCCUGGAUCAAUCCGUUAUCAAAAAAGUCCCGAUGCCGCACAAGAGCGUCACGUCUCUGAUGAUGAGUAAAGACGGGCUGAUCGGCGGCGUCACCGUCAACGUGAACGAGGUGUUCUGCUCGGUACCGGGCCGCCUGUCUCUGCUCAGCUCCACCUCCAAGUACAAGGUGACGGUGGGAGAAGUGCAGCGGAGACUCUCACCGCCCGAGUGCCUCAACGCCUCCCUGCUCGGCGGGGUACUGCGCAGAGCGAAAUCGAAAAACGGCGGCCGCUCUCUGAGAGAGAAGCUGGAAAAAAUCGGGCUGAAUUUGCCAGCAGGAAGACGCAAAGCUGCCAACGUCACUUUGCUGACGUCACUGGUGGAAGGGGAAGCUGUUCAUUUAGCACGAGACUUUGGCUACAUCUGUGAAACAGAGUUCCCCACCAAGGCCGUGUCCGAGUACCUCAACCGCCAGCACACGGACCCCAACGAGAUCCACGCGCGGAAAAACAUGCUGCUCGCAACAAAGCAGUUGUGUAAGGAGUUCACAGACCUCUUGGCGCAAGACCGCACUCCGCUCGGGAACUCUCGUCCGACGCCCAUCCUGGAGCCGGGCAUCCAGAGCUGUCUGUCUCACUUCAGCUUCAUCACGCACGGCUUCGGCUCGCCGGCCAUCUGCGCCGCGCUCACCGCGCUGCAGAACUACCUGACCGAGGCGCUCAAGGGCCUCGACAAGAUGUUCAUCAACAACCAGACCUCCAACCGGCACACUCCGGCCGACGGCUCGAAAGGAGGAGAGAAAGACGAGAAACACAGGAAAUGAGGCACAGUGUCGGGAAAGGAGGAGAAGAAGAGGCUCUAAGAGCACCGCUUAUCAGAUGUGUCCAGAGAUUCUUUGUACUCGAGAUUUAUGAUGUUCUGUUUUACGUUCUU